CUCAGCUCUGCUCACAGCCGCUCUUAGCGGCUGCCCGGGGCUCACCGCGCCGCCGCCGGGCGCUGACUCAGCCGCAGUCCGGCUGCUCCAAGUCGGACCUGGGGAGCGCGCGCCCGGAGCCUGCCUGGAGCCACCGGGGAAGCACCGCAGCGCUUGAGCCACCGGCUUCCGGAGCUGGGGGGCUGGCCCGUUUAGGUCCCGGAGCGCAUCGGACUCGCUUGGCCAGCCACCUACAGCUCUGCUCUCUGAGAAGCCGCACUGACUCAUUGGCUCAAGCUGGGAUGCUCAGCUGUCCGUCCAUCUUGUCUCCAAGAACAGCUCAACCCAGGGUCUUCCUGAAGUGGUGACCACUCCAGUUGGCAGGGGUAGAAAAUGGUACCAGUCAGGCCACAGCUCUGGGAUCCCACAGUCACUGCUGCAGGAUGGAGGAACCUACUCCCGAGCCUGUCUAUGUGGAUGUGGACAAGGGGCUAACCUUGGCUUGCUUCGUUUUCCUCUGCCUCUUCCUCGUAGUCAUGAUCAUCCGCUGUGCCAAAGUCAUCAUGGACCCCUACAGUGCCAUCCCCACAUCCACCUGGGAGGAGCAGCACCUGGACGACUGAGGCACAGGACAGGUCUCAGUGUCCCGGACGGACACACCUCUGCACACCCUGGCCAACAUCCUGCAAGCACUUGGAGACUGGGAGUGGCUAUGACCACCCAAAGAUGGAGAAGGCUCUCCUUCACCUUACUGACUCUCACAUGACCACCAGACAGAAAUGCCAGCAUGCUGGAGACAAGGCAGUCUGGGGAAGCGUGGGGAGAGGAAUGCUAAGCCAUGACUCAGGAGAGUGGAGGCCAUCCUGGGACUCCACUGGCAGACAGACGGCAGAGUGAUGGUCCCCUGCCCAGGCUACAGGGCACCUUUGAAAACUGAACCAAAACCAGACACUCUGGUCUGCAAACAGUGGUCAGGAGGAGACUGACCUUCAACUAACUACAGAGCAUUGAGAGGUCGCUGAGAGCCCAGUACCCUCUGCAGACUAACAGUGAUGGGGCAGGAAGGAUGGAAACGCAAGCAUCUCCUGCAAAUUCUCACAAGGCACACAGCUACUUCCAAACUUUUUUUUUAAACUAAGAUACAGAGGGGAUAUAUUUUUCCUGUUAAAAAUGAGAUGUGCAUUUUAGACACUUGGGAAAAUGUAGAUAAAUAGAAGGAAAGGGGGAGGUUAAAUAGUACUUAAAAUCCAACCUCCCAGAAGCCAUCAUUUUGAUAUAUUUCUUCAAGUCUUUUUUACAGGAAUUUUUUUUAGUAAUUCACACCAUAUGCAUGAUGCUGCAUUGAUUCAUAUAAUAGCUUAAAUAUCUUCUGUCUCACAAGAUAACCAUGGCUGUUUUUAGUGACUGAGAGUAUACUGGCUAGGCCAUGGCUGAAUAUAGUCGUUUUCUUUAAUCUAUUUAACUUUCUACAAUGUACUCACACAAAUCACUUCGCCCAGUAACCUUCAGAAACUCUGCAUCCCAGGAGCUCCAGGCAAGAUCUGAGUUCUAGUCCUGCUUCAGCUAUUCAAAGGCUGUGAACGUCACCUCACCUCUUGGUGCCUCCAUUUCCUAAUUUUAAGAUGGGAAGGAGAAGUCUGUCUGUCUCUCUGUCCGUCUGUCUGCCUGCCUGUCUGUCUGUGAAGGCAGCCAUGUUACAAGUGGGAGCUAAGACUACGUUGUCUCGUCUGUUGUCUUUUCUUCAUCCUCUUCUCUCAUACACUGUCCCGUGAGCCUAUGACCUAUGCCCUAUGAGCCGUGAGCAAGGAUUCUAGGUCAGAGUCCACAACCCUCCCCACCCCCCUUCAACUCCUGUGUCCUUAUUAUGUGACCCCUAAAUAAAUCAGCACCUGUGAGCUCCAACUUUGUCAUCUAUAAAAUGGAGAUGUAACAUCUACCUCACAAGGUUGUCGUGGAGGUGAAAUGAGAGAAGAUGAGCAAACAGGGGUGUCCUUUUCUGAAUCUCUCACCCUAAGAAAAGAACCCUUCCUGCCUUCUAAGAGCUAGAGCUCCCAGCCAGUGCCACAUUCACAGAGGCCAACAGACAUUCACAGGGACCUACACCCAACACCAAGGCACACGGGGUCAUGUCAUCAUCACUAUUGUCACUUAUUUUCACAUAUGUGAAGUGUACCUAUGGUAUCCUUCCACGGUAGGACCUGCUGCCCUGUCAAAAGAGACCUGUGCUAUGGACCUUAGACCUCCUGCAUCACCCACACACAAGCCCUAGGUCUCCAUGCACCUUAGACUACCUGGGAAAUGAGUUUCCAAAGCACUAACACACUACAUGAAAGUGGACACUCUAUCAAGGUGGUUUUCCAAGUCCAAGGUGUGUAUCUCUGUCUGUCUGUCUCUGUCUCUGUCUCUCUCUGUCUCUCUCUCUCUCUUUCUCUCUCUCUCUCUCUCUCUCUCUCACACACACACACACACACACUGUCAGAUGCACAAAGGAACAGAUGGCAUAGGCUCCAAACCUGGCACUGAGGCAUCACUUCCAGCCCACCCUUCCUCAGAGACAGCCCGUUCUUCAGUGGGAACCUGUUAGGACGGGUUUACAAAGUCAAUGGUGAGGGGGAAGAGGGGUUGUUCCCAGCUGUUAAUGACAGAACAGCAGGAAGAAGGAAAGAUCUAAAGAGCUCUGAAGACCUCCUGUAGAGGCCUUUUGGAGCUCUUAAGAGGGAAAAAAAAAAAAAAACAAAACAGGAUGCCUCAGGCUACGCUCUUCAGACUGCUUGCUCAAGGGCAAACCACACCUGCACAUAAGAGACUUGCCAGAAGCCGCUCAUCUCCUCCCCAGACCUACAGAAUCGUACUGGACAUCCUGAGCCAGUUAGCUGUGUUAGCAGUGCAUCCCUGUUUGAGAAACCCUCCCCAGGACCUGUGGUCUCAGACAAUGUUCCACAUUUACAGCUCUUAGUAUUUUCUUUAUGCUGGUUUGUACUAGGGAUAUAACGUUUGAGAAAAGAGGUGAUUUCUAUCCUCUUCCCUGAGAGUCAAGCUUCUAACAAGUGCUUUCUACUUGUACCCACACCCUCCCUUGCAUCCUCUUACAAGCUGUACUCACCAUACUCACCGUGUCACUCCCCAGGCUAGCUGGCCCACAAGCUCCCAGGGAUUCUCCUCUCUCUGGCCGCCAUCUCCCACAGGUGCACUGGAAUCCCAGAGGUGCCCUUCUGCACCCACUCACUUUCACCUAAGGUCUGGUAAUGAAAGCUCGGGUCCUCACAUUUGCACAACAAGCAUUUGCCUACUGAGGCGAUUUCCCAGCCUGCUCCCACCCCUUUUAUCAUUUUUAAGGUUUUUAAAAGGAUCCCCUUUUAAACAUGUGCAUGACACUGCAGACCAUCGUAACACAUACUUUUUAUGCUGUUUUUAUUUUCCCAUUAUGUGUAUGCUGAGAAGAAAUACAUAGAAGUGGCUGUGCUGAUCCUGAGGCUUGCUCAGGAGAGGAGAGAAGGCAGAUUGAUUAGCACACCUUUUCUCAGAGACACGCAAAAAGGAAAGAGGGGUCCCCACCACCAUCACUUGAUCAUGUGAAACACAAAAAGGAAAGGGGGUCCCCACCUCUGUCCCUGGAUCAUGUGAAGGUGAGAAAGGUAGAAGAGUCCCAAGCUAUAGAGUUAGCCAAAGGCAGGGAAGAAGGCAAACUCUCUAUGGCAGAGAGUAAGUAGGUGACAGUCUCCAGACAAAGGCAUCUAGUGGCUUGGAUCAAGCUGCUGCCCGUGAUGCGCUAUGCGGAACAUGUUAUCCCCAGCUUUCAGCAAGGCAGUUGUGCAGUCCUUUUGUGGCUGUGUAAUUGCAGCAGUGGGGUCUUCUAUGUGAUGGCCACAGAAAGGGCCCAGUUGUCCCAGAGACAAAUGGGUGAUAAAAAUAUUCAUAAUUAGGAAAAGCAACUGAUAGAUAUCAGAAGGAAGGUGGUCCCUGGGCAUGAUGAGGGUCUGAUUGACUCAAGUGUUCAGACCCACUGCCCCAGUGUGGCAUAUCAAUGGCUAUCACAGCCAUUUUACUUUUCCAAUUAAUUUUCAUUCUUUGUUUUAUUUUGGUGAAGUGAUCUUAUUUUUAGAUAUGGAACUGUGUACAUAUGAGGAUAGAACUCUGUCAUUGAUAUUUGUUCUUAACCCCACAUAUCUUGCUGGAAUGAAAACAAGCAUCUCUCCACCCAAUAAAGUUUUCCCAGGAUCCCAGAGA